AUGGAGACAGACUAUAUGAAGCUUACAGGGGAAGAGGAUUUGCUGACUGACAACAACAUUUACCAACAAGCUGUUGGGAAGUUACUGUACCUAAGUACAACAACACGACCGGACAUUGCAUUUACGAUUGGUAUUCUUCGCCGCCGCGUCAGUAAGCCGCGCACCCGGGAUUGGAACGCCGUGAAACGGGUGUUCCGGUACCUAAAACAUACUCGGGAUUUCAAGUUGAAGCUUUCAGCAGACACGGAGAUGAAGCUGGUUUGCUUUGUGGACACAGACUGGGCUGGCAACCUCUCAGACCGUAAAUCAACGAGUGGGUAUUUUAUCCAACUGGGAGGGAGUCCCAUUGCUUGGUCCACCAAGAAGCGGUUGACGGUAGCCUUGUCUUCCACCGAAGUGGAAUACGUGUCUGCUGUUUACGCGUCACAAGAAGUUGUGUGGCUACAAGAACUGUUGCAUGGAUUUGGCCACAGUGAGUGCGAGCCCACGUGCAUCUAUGAAGAUAAUCAGAGUUGCAUAAAGCUUGCACUCGGCGAAGGUCUUUCGGCAAGAACCAAACACAUAGAUGUUCGACACCAUUAUCUGCGAGACGUAAUUCAUCGCGGGUUGGUUGACAUGCAGUAUUGCCAAUCCGCCGAAAUGAUCGCAGACGUGCUUACCAAGCCUCUGCCGCGACAGCGACUGGAAACCUUCAGAGGAUGCUUAGGUCUUGUCAAGGGGGGGUUGUCGUAG